AUGCAACGCCUGGUGGCCUGGGACCAGGCAUGCCUCCCGCUCCAGCCGCCGGCCUUUAAAUCCAUGGAAGUGGCUAAUUUCUAUUACGAGGCGGACUGUCUGGCUGCUCUGAGCAAGCUGCACCCCCGGGCUCCAGGGGGCCGCUCCAUGACCGAGCUCACCGUCGGAGACCACGAGAGAGCCAUCGACUUCAGCCCUUACCUGGACCCUUUAGCAUCGCAGCAGCAACAGGCGCAGCAGCAACAGCAGCAGCAGCAGCAGCAGCCGCCUCCUUCCGCGGCAGCAGGGGGCAACUUUGAGCCGGUUUGCAGCAGCAGCGGAGGCAGCAGCAGCAGCAGCGGCGGCGGGAACAGCAGCCAAGAUUUUCUCUCCGACCUCUUCUCGGAGCAGGACUAUAAAGGCGGCGGGAAAAAGCACCCCGAUUACGCGUACAUCAGCCUAGCCAGGCACGGCCACCACCACCACCCGGGCGUCGGGCAAGCAGGCCAUAAGGCCGGCACGCUGCUGGGCUGCUACCCGCCCAUGGUGGAAACCAAAGUGGAGCCGGUCUUCGAGCACUUGGACUCUUGCAAAGGGCCCCGCAAGGACGAGGGCGGCGGCCCCGGCGCGGGCGGCGGCGCAGGGCCCGGCCUGGGGGGAAUGUCCUCUCCUUAUGGCAGCACCGUGCGCUCCUACUUGGGCUACCAGUCGGUGCCGAGCGGCAGCAGCGGCAACCUCUCCACGUCGUCGUCUUCCAGCCCGCCGGGCACCCCGAACCCGUCCGAUUCCUCGAAGUCCGCCUCGGCCGGAGGAGGAAGUGGCGGCGGCGGCGGCGUUUACCCGGCAGGCCCCGGUAGUGGCGGCGGCGGAGGUGGCGGCGGCGGCGGCAAGCACAAGUCGAAGAAGUGCGUGGACAAGCACAGCGAGGAGUACAAGCUGCGGCGCGAGAGGAACAACAUCGCCGUGCGCAAGAGCCGCGACAAAGCCAAGCUGCGCAACAUGGAGACGCAGCACAAAGUCUUGGAACUGACGGCCGAGAACGAGAGGCUGCAAAAGAAAGUGGACCAGCUCUCCCGGGAGCUCAGCACGCUCAGGAACUUGUUCAAACAGCUGCCCGAGCCGCUCUUGGCCACCUCCGGACACUGCUAA